AUGAACGACAAUGCCGCAUCCCCCGUAGUCGAGUCGUCAAAGUCAGUGAUGGAGUUGGACAUGUCUGCUGGACUGGAGAUUCUAGGCGCAAAGAAUCCCUCAGUGGUCUCCUCGUGUGCAAUACACGCAGGAUACACAUUUGGCGUAAUUCCAUUGCUUCAGCCAGCUUAUGCUACUACAAGUGUCACUACCGCUGCUGCUGCCAGUGUAGGCCAGCCGUUCCAACCUCAUGAUCUGAUCAUUGCAAACGCUGAUUGGUCUCAGUUCUUUGUAACUGGCCUCACAAUUCCUCAAGAGGUCGAAUCUACAGAGACAGAGCCUCGUCGACGUGCGGAAAUCCUCAUCCAACAACAGGUCGCUUGGAGCACUCAUAUUGGAAUACCUGCAAUCACAUUCCCAUUCCCGUCUACUCCUACUCUCUCCUUGAACUAUGCUCGUACCAUCAACGCUACCUUGUCGGCUCUGACCUGGACUCAAGCAUGGUUUACUGUGCCACUACGAGCUGAAGGGGUCGAUGAUACUUGGAUGGUUUGGAAUGCUGUCCACACUAUGGCAGAGUUCAAUACAAAGUUGAGCAUCCUUCUGGAACUCACUCCUGAGCUACCGGAUGAAGCAUCACUGAAUCGGUGGUUGGCUGAACCUGUUUCUGCAGUUCGAAUUCCUGCUGCAGUUUUCCUGACAAACAGCAAACAGUUUCCAGUGCUCAGUAAAAAGCAUCAAGCAUUCCACAAUGUACAGUUCAUCGUGUCAUUGCCUACAGAAGACCCAAUACAUCCAGAAGGAGGUCUACAAGCAUAUCAACUCUAUUUGAACCAUCUGAAUCGAUCCAUGCCUCAAUUGGGUAUCGUCGAUCAAUUCGCAAAAGGAUAUCACGAGUACGAUCAUUACUACGAUUAUUUUUACGAUUGCGACGAUGUUGAUGAUAACGUGUCGUAUUUGGUCAGUCAUUUCUUUGGCCCUGACUUUGGCCCUGACUACCUAUUUGUACGUAGCUAUCUGCAAUCACCAUUACAACCGCUCAUGGACAACCUCGAGUCAUCAACAUAUGCUGUGUUUGAACAAGAUCCAAUAAAGUACAAGGAAUACGAAAAUGCAAUUCGAGAAGCUUUGCUAGAUAUGAUGCAAACUGAUUCUAGGAUAGUCAUUAUGGUUGUUGGAGCUGGCCGAGGACCAUUAGUUACGAGAGCUCUAAAUGCUGCCAGAGCAGCUAAAAGGAAUGUUCAUGUGUAUGCAGUCGAGAAGAAUCCAAAUGCUAUGGUGACAUUACGAGUCAAGGAGCAAACUGAAUGGAAUGGACAAGUCACAGUCGUGUAUGGUGAUAUGAGAAAUUGGAAGGCACCUGAGAAGGCUGAUAUUUUGGUCAGUGAAUUAUUGGGAUCCUUUGGUGACAAUGAGCUUUCUCCUGAAUGUUUGGAUGGAGCUCAAGGCUUCCUUAAAGAUGGUGGAAUCAGCAUUCCAAGUCACUAUUCUACCUUUAUCGCUCCACUACAAUCGUUUAAGCUCCAUCACGAAGUGUCUGUAUUCAAGGACUUGGCUCAUAUUGAGACUCCUUAUGUGGUCAAAUUUAAAGCUGCCAAUGAACUUGCAAACUCCCAAGAAUUGUGGUCAUUUGAACAUCCCAAUCGAGGCAUUAUGGAUAUUGAGCCAGAUUCUCCAACAUUCAACUCCCACAACACACGAUAUGCCUUCAGAAAGUUUAAAAUCGAAAAGAAUGCGCUCAUGCAUGGCAUUGCAGGAUACUUUGAAACUACAUUAUACAAGCACGUCAAGCUAAGCAUAAGACCUCAAACUUAUUCGACUGGAAUGCUGAGUUGGUUUCCCAUAUUCUUUCCCAUCAAGACACCCAUUCUAUUGCUCGAAGGCACUGAAGUUGAACUCCACUUUUGGAGAAUGACAGACACACGAAAAGUGUGGUACGAGUGGACGGUAGUCCCCAACUCUUGCACUCAAUCAACGGCAGUCAACAUACAUAACAGCGGUGGAAGAAGUUAUAAGAUUGGCUUGUAG